GGGGGAAUAUGUACUGGUCGUGGUUGAUUAUUACAGCCGAUAUUUCGAAGUGGACAUUCUGACGUCCGUGACAUCCACUAAAGUCAUUGAGAGUUUGGAUAAGAUUUUCUGUACCCAUGGGUUACCACAGUCGUUGAAAACUGACAACGGUUCACAGUUUGUGUCCGAUGAAUUUGAACGUUUCCUGGAAACAAAUGAUAUAGAACACCGCACCUCGACCCCCCUAUGGCCUCAAGCAAAUGGGGAGGUUGAAAGACAGAACAGAAGCUUGCUUAAAGCCCUUAAGAUUGCUAAAGCUGAAAAAAAGAAUAUCUGGACCGAGAUGCGAAAGUUCUUAACAGCCUAUAGAACUACACCUCACACCAGUACAGGCGUCACACCGGCCAAACUCCUGUUCAACAGGGAAAUCAGAUCAAAGAUUCCUGAACUGGGAAACUCGAGGUACUCUGACAGUGAGGCGAGAGACAAGGAUGCAGAGAUGAAGCAGGAGAGAACCGACUAUGCUGAUGGGAAAAGGAGAGCUCGAGAGAGCGAACUAGAACCUGGUGAUUUAGUACUCCUAAAACAUUAGAAAGACAACAAACUCUCGACUACUUAUGGCCCACUGCCAUAUAGCAUCAGCAAGAAGCACGGUAACGAAGUCAUCAUAUCGUCACCCGAAGGAGUAAACAUGAGGAGAGACGUGGCCGAUGUUAAGAAAUACUUGAGAGAGGUUACAACCGCAGAUGAACAAGUUACUGGAGAUGACUCUUCUGAGGAAGAUGACACUGGAAGGAGAACAGAACCCCAAGGGAGACCAGUAAGGGAAAGGAAGCCACCGGAGUACUUAAAAGAUUACGAAGUGUACGAAAUCUGUUCGGUGAAAGAGUGAGACUUUGUUGAACAUUUAUUGAACAUUUUAAUUCGUUUACUGAAGACUUUAAUCCGGCUCGUGUUGGAGACGUUUUGACCCGUUCAUGUUCUUUCGUUAUGUUAAGUCUUCUCCAUAGGAGAAGGGGGAUUGUAGUGUAUGCCGGGAUAUACGAAACACUAUUAUAGGAUAGGAACGAGAAGACGAGAGUAUGGAGUUGGAGAGUUAAGGACCGCGGUGUAAUGCGGUUUAAUCCGUUGUUUAGAUACGCAUAUUAAACUCUACAGUUUAUUACUAACGAAAUCACCUUUCGACCUCUUUGAUACGUAUAAACACCUUUAAACUUUAAGGUUUCACCAUCAUUGUUGCUGAUCACGAAGAAGUGGUGGCUCUUUUUUUCACUCAGAUCUUUGAAUGUGGAUAAUGUACCAGACACAGACAAUUUUUGUCGGCCUUGGACAAAUCCUGUCAUAUGUGGCUUAACCUCUCGCAAAAUUGACAUUGCAUAAAUUUUUUUUCUCCCAUGAAAGUUGACAGCCUGAGCAUUGAC